AUGAGUUAUUUGGGUGUAGGUAUUAGUCCUGGAACUGUUCCUGUGUAUCACAGCACAGACAUGAAAGUGUUUGAUAGAAAAGUUAGGAUAACUGAGUUGGUUCUGAGAUGUGUGAUUCUUGGUCUAGGUGUUCUUGCUGUUGUUCUUAUUGUGACUGAUUCACAAGUUAGAGUUUUUUUCACACUUGAGAAGAAAGCCAAAUUCACUGACAUGAAGGCUUUAGUGUUUCUGGUUGUGGCAAAUGGGCUAGCUGCUGGUUACUCCUUAAUCCAAGGGUUAAGGUGUGUGGUGAGUAUGAUUAAAGGAAGUGUACUCUUCAACAAACCCUUAGCUUGGGCCAUUUUUUCGGGUGAUCAGGUAAUGGCAUAUAUAACAGUGUCUGCGGUGGCGGCCGCGGCACAAUCUGCAGUGUUUGCAAAGAUGGGUCAGCCAGAGCUACAAUGGAUGAAGAUAUGCAACAUGUAUGGAAAAUUCUGCAACCAAGUUGGAGAAGGGUUAGCUAGUGCAUUUUUGGUUAGCCUAAGUAUGGUUAUACUAUCAUGUAUUUCAGCUUUCAGUCUGUUCCGUUUGUAUGGUGGUAGCAAAACUAAAAAUGCAUAUUGGUAG